AUGGAUCAGACCUGUACGCCGAAGCCGCUCCUUGACUUUAUUCGCAGCCGACGUGAUCUUCUAGACCACCCUCUACUGUGGACUUCGAGGCAUCUUGAAUCGCCGGGAUGCCUCUUCGACGAUGUUGAGACGUCCACUUACUCAGAGUCCACGCCGCAGGAUUCCAAGUACACAGACGAUACUGAAGCGCUAGCUCGUAAUCUGUCUCCGAAAUCGAAACUUCAUUGUAUCUACAAUAUUCUGCUCCGCGAAGGGCGAAGGUUUUCCCGUCUUCUAGUGACGAACGUCAUAGAUCAAGAAUCGUUACUUUUAUGCGAGGCUGAGAUCACCACUGAUCUUCUCGACGCGCUCGGAAACCUGAAGACUGCGGAAAUGCCUUUAACGUGGCCUACGAUUCAUCGGAAGAUGAUUCCGUACAAGCCUCUUGAUACCUUUGUCGGCCGACUCAUGGACGAGCUAGUGGCGCCUAGUUCAUCGGAUUCUCCCAAGCAUGUGAAUGAUUCCACCAGCUCCGAAACGAAAAGAUGCCACAAAAAGGAUGACGGGGAAGAGUAUAGUGGACCGGGCAAGAUUCGGCGAAUACCAGACGCGUGA